AUGUCCACAUCUACCACCGCAAUCUCGCAAGACCCCCGAAAUAGAGAUGCUCGGGUUGAGGACUACCUUAAUGACAAAUUCCAAACACUUGGUGAUCUGGAAAGCCUUAAGGAGAUCCUGAAUGCCGUCCAGACCCAACAAUCACAGCUUCGCACACAGCUCCAAUCUGCCGAAACCCGCGCCGAAAAAGCCCGCACCGCCGCCUCCGAGCACUCCCACAACCUCCUGAUCCAAGCGCAACUAUUCCAACAGAAUCAAGACGACAUAGACCGCCGUCUGCGGGCAGCCACAUCCUCUGACACGGCCCAAGAUGCCGCUGCAAAAUUUGAGGCGAGCAUGGAGAAACUCCGCAGAUUGGACGUAGCGAAAGGAUACGUUUCUCUGAUCCUCCAGGUCCACGAACUCUCCGAUGAAGCAAGGAAGGAGAUACAGAAGGAUCCGAAGCUAGCCUUGGCGCCGUACAAUGAGCUCCAAAGAUUGUCGAAGGAGCUAAAAUCCCGGCACGAAGAGAUGGAGGGUGCAGCGGUGCAUUUGGUGGACCACAUUGAGAAGACUACGGGACUGCUGUGGGAUGAGAUGAGGAGUUGUCUGGUGGGACAAUUUGGAGAGGUGCUGAGCAAGAUUAGCUGGCCGACAGUGACCACGGACGUCAGUAACGCGCCAGGGUUCGGGGAGGCCUUUAAUAAGCUCCUUGUCUUGCAAGAGCCAGAGAUUGAUACUGGGCUCGGGGAUAACCCGUUGCUACCCAUGGAGGUGCUGGUGAAGCCGCUAGAGUUGAGGUUUAGGUAUCAUUUUGAGGGAGACCGGCAAACGAAUAGGAUUGACAGACCGGAGUGGUUCCUCGCGCAUUUAUCGUCACUAGUCACGACGUAUACUCCAUUCUUGCUAUCUGUUAUUCAGCCUUUACUCGCAUCCUCGGCGAAUCUGAGGGUUGCGCAGCGGGAUGCGGUUAAUGAGUUUGUUACCGCUUUGCUCCCUGUGCUCAGACGGAAGAUACAUCACUUGCUCCCGCAAAUACUUGACCAGGCGCAGCUGCUUAGUCACUUCAUUCAUGAGAUGAUUAAGUUUGACUCGGAGCUUCGGGAGGUGUUUGGAUACGUGCCGUAUGGAUGUGCGGAUGGGGAGUGGAAGGGCGUUACGCAUGAGGUAUUGGUUGUCGAGGGUGGGUUUGUGGGGUGGAUUAAAGUUGAGAAGGAAUUUGCGCUGUCGAGAUACCAUAAUAUUCUAGAUGCGGAAGAUGCCUGGGUUAUUGACUAUGAAAGCGUUGAGCCGAAGGAGACGAAACCUACAAAGUCGGCUAUCCGGUUAAGAGAUUUGUUGGAGACUGUGACUGAUCGGUACCGGCCCUUAACGUCGUUUACACAGCGACUUCGUUUCUUGAUCGAUAUACAGAUUUCCAUUCUAGAUCAGUAUCAUGAUCGACUUUAUUCCAGUGUCGAGGCUUUUAAGAUGCUCUCCUCGUCGAUUGCCCGGGCGGUGCAGGGGACUAGCAAGGAAGAGGUACAGUCUCUUACUGGAAUCAGUGGCUUGGAGAGACUUUGUAAGGUUUACGGGAGCACUAUGUUCAUGGAGACUUGUAUGAGGGAUUGGGGUGAAGAUAUCUUCUUCUUAGAGUUAUGGGAAGAGCUACAAGAGCGUGCCAGGAAAGCACAACGAAAUAACGCUACUCAGAACCUGGCGGGAACCAUGAAUGUCCAGGAGGUCGCAAACUUCACAAGUAGUGCCGUAGCCUCUAGAGAGGAGGAUGGUGCGCUAUUCGAUGAGACUGCAGGCUCCUACAAAGCCCUCCGGACCACAACAGAAGACAUGAUCAUUGACCUAUUAAUUGGAGGCAUCAAAGAGGAAUUAAGAGGUUAUUCUAAAAUAUCACUCUGGUCGUCAGUAACCUCCGACUCCUCAACCCCAAGCACUAUCUCCCCAGAAAUGGUUCAGCCCGCAAAUGCCACAAACACUUUACUCUCCUUCCUCUUUAAAACUGUCGCGCCACUAGUCUUCAAGCGGAUAUAUCGCAAGUUCGCCGCUGGAAUCCAAGCUUACCUCUGGGACAACAUACUCAUGCGUAAUCAAUUCUCACUUUCUGGCGGUAAGCAAUUCACUACGGAUGUUGGUGAGUUGUGGAACGUUUCUGGGCGGUAUAUUUGGGACCCUGAGGCUUCAAUGAAGAGGGUUAAGGCUGCUUGUGUGUUGCUCACGCUUGAGGAUGGGCAGGAGGAGGGGAGGAUAGGGUUGAAGGAGGUUGUACAGAGGGUUUUUGAAGAUAAUGAAAAAGCGAGGGGUAUAUUGGAGGAGCUGGGGUUGGUUGGGUGUGUUAGUACGAGUGAGGCUAGGGGGGUGUUGCAGAGGAGGGUUGAGGCGUGGGCCUAG